AGUCCAAACCAACAAAAAAAAAAAGAAACAUGGCUUACCAAGCCAACUUUGACACAACGCCAUCGUCCUCCGUCGCUCCUCGUCCAUGGUGGUCACGACCAAUGAUGACUGUACCGCCAAUUAGUGAACGUGAAUCCACUUCAAAGGAGAUGGCGGUGAUGUGUGCACCUUGCUGCGGCGGCUUCUUCACCAUCGUCCUCGUGUUCUUAAUCUUUUCGUUCAUCGACGAUGCUCACAUCCACGCCAAAAUCUCCCUCCAGUCCUUCGCCGUCUCCUCCACCACGUGGCAAGGCGAUUUUCUCGUGAAAAUCCCGAGGUCGAGGUAUUCUAUCUACUACGACGGCGAUGACGCCUCCGUAAGUCUAGGUUCACGAAACGUCGCCGUUUUGAACAUCACUAGUCGACGUGUUUCUAGAGAUCGCACGGCUUUCUCUUUGUCUUUCGUUGCUGAGGAGGGAAAUCGAAGUGACAUCGUUUCGGAAGAUCUUGACAUUAAACUCGUGGCGAAGCAUAAGCGUUACCAGGAUUAUGAUAAAGCUGGAGAGUUUAAUAUACGGUGCCAAAAUCUUACUCGGGGCCGUGAGAAGAUUAUAUGCGACUCCUCUUUUACAGAUUUGAAGUUGUUUUCUUUAAUUGUUCAUCGAGGUACAAUUGAAUAAAUCGAUUAGGCUUCUAGUUUUUUUUUUGUUCAUCCUUUUGUUUUAUUUUCUGUUAUGAAUUAGUCCAUACGUUUUGUUUUAUUUCUU